AUGAGUGAUCAAGAAGAUCAUCCAAAGGGCAUAUUAAAGAGUACUGAUGCUGAUGAAAAGAAGGAAAAGAAAUUUCAAUGGGAUGAGAUGAACAUUUUAGCAACAUAUCACCCUGCAGAUAAAACUUAUGGCCAUAUGAAAGUUGAUGAAGCCCCAACUCCCUAUAAUUAUGACUAUAGCAGAGGUCAAGGCGGUAGCUCCUCUUCUGAGGGAGUAAAUCCUGACGAUCUUGCUUGUAAACUAGCAGCAGUUUCAGAAGCGCCUCCGAAAAUGCUUGAAGAUGAUAAAAAACACGAUGCAGAUGCAAUCUUGACCCCAGAGGAAGCCGAACACCGCAGAAAGUUUGAGGAAAGACGAAAAAAGCACUAUAAUGAAUAUCAAGCCGUCUUGGCUCUGCGUCGACAUCAUGGCAACGAAGAUGAUGAAGAUAUAGAUGAGGAUUUUGUCGAUCCCGUUGCCGCCCGAAACGCCCGACUAAAUGCGCAAAUUCGCUCCACUCCAGAUAUUGAAAAGAAGAAGUAG